ACCACAGACCAAGUUUCCAGCAGACGGAAUAGUAAUAAUAAUAACAAAGUAAUGUAUUCCUUUUUCGGGUGCGUGCGGACGUUUGUGGUGCGUUUACGGGUCGAAGCGAGUGGAAUUGUUUUUUCGUUUUUCAAUCUCAAUCUUUUCCCGUCGUAAACGUUUUGAUCCCAUUCCGGACGGUAAGUCCGACGUCAACGCGCCGCCAUGGGAGUUCAAGGCUUAUGGAAGUUACUGGAAUCAGCUGGAAAACCGAUUCCCGUCGAAAAGUUAGAGAACAAAGUUCUCAGUAUCGAUGUUUCAAUAUGGAUGUACCAAAUAAUAAAAGGAGUUCAAGAGAGUGAUCAUGGUGCAAUAACCAAUAGACAUUUAAUUGUAAUGUUUCAUAGAAUAUGUAAAUUAUUGUUUUAUGGUAUUAGACCUGUGUUUGUAUUUGAUGGAGGUGUACCAGAACUAAAAAAAUUAACAAUUGCUCAAAGACAAGCUCAAAAAUCCCGUGCAAAAAAAUCAACUGGAAAAACCAAAGAGAAAAUUUUGAAAAAUAUGUUAGCACAAGCUGCUUUAAAAUCUGUAUUAAAUACUGGAAAUGCUUUGACAGAAGAGGAAGUGAUCUCAAAAACUGUCAAAAGUUUAAAUAAUAAAGCAGAAGUAGAUUUAUUUGAGUUACCAAAAAUGCCAGAAACCUUUGAAAUUGACAAGACUAAAUCAUCCAUAAAAGAAAAGGAACAAUCAUACAUGAAUUUGUCAAAUGUUAAAACUGAAAAUAUUCUACUUCUUGCUGUUGAAAAUCAUGAUAAUGAUUUUUUGUACACUAAUAGUGCAAACGAUAAGAAAAAAGGGUCUCCAGCAAAGUUAAAUACGUUUUCAUCACUGCAAAUAGAUGAACUUCUAAAUGGUUAUUCAAAUGAUCAAAAACGUUUAACAGAAAGAAAAAAGCAACAAAAAUCAAAACAUGAAAUGACAUUAAAUGAAUUAGAAAUGUUUUUGAACAACAAAAGUGAUACUAAUACAAGAAUCGACGAUAUUGGUCAAAAAAUUGAUUCGGACCAUGGAACAGUUUUUUAUUAUGAAUCUGAUGUCAAAAGAGUAUCCAAAAAGAGUAGUUUGGAAAAAAAUGAAAUAUCUGAUAAAAUAAAAAUUUCUAAUUCAAAAAUUAAUGAAACGGAAUCAAAGGUUAACAGUCAAAAAAUAAUUUCUACGGACACUGUUGGAUCACCUACUCUAACAGAUGAUAUAGAUGAAGAUAUAUUUAAAGCUCUUGCUGGUGAUGAAUCCCUUGAAGAAGAUAGACUAGCUUGGCUGAUAUUUAAUGAGAAUAAAAAAGCUAGCAAAAGGAGAUCAAGUGAAUUUGAAAUACCAAAUUCAAAAUAUUUGAAAACAGAUAUCAGUAAUGGCAAUUCCGAAUUAAUAUUAUCUGAUAUAGAGGAAGAUACAUCAAUGAAAAAUAAUGAAGUUGUACCAAAAAAACAUUCUUCCAAAAGUAUUUUUAUUACUGAACAUGAUUCAUUACCCAAUGAAAUAAAUUUAGAUACCUUUAAUGAAGAAGAUUAUCUAUCAUGGGUCUCGCAUAGUAAAGAUGAACUUAUUCAAACAAAAUUGGAGGGAAAAAAAUCAAGUGUUGAUCGCUUGGAUAUUCCAUCUACAAGCAAAUCUUUAUCAUCGAUUAAGGAGGUUUAUUUUUCUAAUAAUAAUCCUGAUGUUGAUCAACAAUGUUCUACUUCAUCAUUGUACUUUGAGCCAAAAACGGAAUAUAAAAAUAAUAUUGAAGAUUCACCUGAAUAUCACCUAUCUGAUCAUUCUAAUGGCUCUUUUUCUGAAAACUCACUUGAAUUUUCAUCAGAGGAGAGUUUAUCUGAAGAUAAUAUUGGAUUAGAUAAUCAAAACAAAGUUAAGACGGCUGCAGUUCAUGGUUCUAAAAUUAUACCAGAUAAUUUCACAGCUUCCAAAACUGAAAAUGAGGAAUUCAAUUCAAAAAAAAACUGCGUAAUAACAGAGAAAUUGAAAUCUUCGAAACAAUCUAAUAUCAGUACUAAACAUAUAAAACCAUCUGAAACUAAAACAAAUCAUGCUAAUGAUGAAUAUUUAUUGUCUAUACAGGAUACAUUAGUAAAACAUCAAAAUGAUUUAGCUAGCUUACAGAGAACAUCUGAUCGAAUGGCAUCAUCUGUCACACAAAAAAUCACUUCAGAUAUAAAGUGUCUCUUGAAGUUGUUUGGUAUACCAUAUAUUACAGCUCCAAUGGAAGCUGAAGCACAAUGCGUGUUUUUGGAACAAAUUGGUCGUACUGAAGGGACAGUGACGGAUGAUAGCGAUGUAUGGUUGUUUGGAGCUAAUGUUGUUUAUAAAGAUUUUUUUGACAGUCAAAAGUUUGUUAAACAAUUCAAAAGCAUUGAUAUUAAACAGAAAUUUGCUUUGUCGCGAAAUAGUUUUAUUCAAUUAGCUUUUCUAGUGGGAAGUGAUUACACAAAUGGUAUUGAUGGGAUAGGUCCUGUGUCGGCAAUUGAAAUUUUAUCUUUUUUUGAAUCAAAAACUAAAAAUAUGAGUAUUGAAGAAAAAUUAUUAAAAAUUAAAGACCUUAUAAACUCAAAAUCUGAAGUACAUAGUGAUAUCCCAUUUAUGAAAAAAUUGAAAUCGACCAAGAUUGGUAGUGAUUUUCCUAAUAAAGCUGUUAUAAACGCUUAUUUAAAUCCAAUUGUUAAUGAAACAAGUGAAAAAUUCAGCUGGAGUGCGCCCCAAGUAGAUUCGAUUAUUCAAUUUGCUCAAACCAAUUUUGAUUGGGAUGUUUCUAAAACCAAAAGCACAUUAGCCCCAGUGCUAAAAAAAGUUUCUGCACGAACGACUCAAAAGUCGUUGGACUCAUAUGUAAAAAUGCUUCCAAAAUUAAAUAGUACGAAUACUGGGAUGAGUAAACGCGUUAGUCUUGCUGUGAAAAGGUUGCGCAAUGAUAGUAGUUCUAAUGAAAUUAAUAACCCAAAAUCUGUGGAUUCCAAAAUAUUGACUUCAACUAUUCCUAAUGAUAUAGAUAAAAAUCGAAAGAGAAACCGUAAAUGAAUCUAUUGUUGAAACAGUUUAACGAGUGAAAUUAUGCCAAAUUUGUAUAUGCCCAAUUUUUCAAGAACUGUUUUUUUUUAGUACCUUAACAUAAUUUCUUAUUAUAUUUUAUAUAAUAUUAGAUUAAUUUAUUUAAACUA